AAUUCUGGGAAAACACUCGUGCCCUCUGCCAGCUGAGGCUCAUUUUAUAACAUGAGGCAACAGGCUGCAAUUUAAAGAAAAUGUUAUUUUCUGAGAAAUGCUUACAAACUUUAUAAGACUUAAAAGAGGGGUGAGAUAAACUAACUAGGCUAUAUGUGCGAGUCGGUGUCGACGCAGUGAACUCCACGCUUGUGCUUCAUUGUCUCUGUUCAUCCCUACAGUGAGAAAGAGUCCCGUCCCUUCAGUUCAGAGGGCGUGGUGUGUGUAUGUGUGAGUGUGAGUGGGAAAACAAACAGCAUACAACCAACUCUACUUCCUACAUCUGCGUACAACUCGAGCAUUUCUUCCCCUCAGCUCGCGUCAAGCGUCUCUCCUGCGCUUAGUGUUUACACUGAGUCCCGCUGAGCUCAGAGGACGCGUCCCAUCAUCACUAAAUGACGCGCCGCAGCGCUGCAGUUUUACAUCCACACCACAGCUCCACGCGCGCUCAGCAUAGAUGGACCCGCAUCAUCUGAGGACUUCAGAGUGAUAUUACCGUCGUGAUUGUGUUUUUCUUUUUGUAAAAUGAGCGGAGGGGAAAUCAUCUGUCAGGGAUGGUUGAGAAAGUCGCCACCCGAGAAGAAGCUCCGGAGAUAUGCUUGGAAGAAGCGCUGGUUUAUCCUGCGUAGUGGGCGCAUGAGUGGAGACCCGGAUGUUCUUGAGUACUACAAGAGUGACCAUGCCAAAAAGCCCAUUCGCAUCAUCGACCUGCACUGCUGCGAGCAGGUGGACGCCGGCCUCACCUUCAAACGCAAAGAGUUCCAGGACAGCUUUGUGUUCGACAUCAAGACGGCCGAGAGAACCUUCUACCUGGUGGCAGAAACGGAGGAAGAGAUGAACCGCUGGGUCCGCUCCAUCUGCCAGCUCUGUGGAUUCAACCAGUCAGAGGACAACCAUCACGAUGAGAGAUCAUCAACCACCCACAUUUCCCGCUCACUGGCUAACGAUCUGGGUGGCUCUCUGGCUCCACUGAUUGGUGAACGGAAAACAUCUGUUCCCGCCCACUCCAGCCAGCCAUUGCUUUUCACAUUCGACAUACCUGUACGCCACUCCCAUAGUUCUCUGUCUAAUAGUGCUCCUCAGGACUACCUCUUCCUCCAUCAGUGCAUGAGCCGCAAGAGUGAGAGUGCACGGAGUGCCAGUUUCUCGCAGGCCUCGCGCAGCAGUCUUCUGGUGGGCAGUGACUCGGCAGUUCAGAGACUCACCCAUGGUUUCUCUCAUUGCCUGAAUGGCAUGGGCGCCCAGCUUCACGGUUUCUACAGCCUUCCCAAACCCGGCAAAAAUCAGCAGCCCCCUUCGCGGAACGACUCACGUGAUGCUUGUUACGUUCUGCCCAGGGGUUACAGUUCUGAAGGGGCAUCAGAGCUUGAAGCAGAUGAUGUCUACACUUAUAAGACCCCCAAUAACACUCUAGCAGCCUUCCAAACCAGUGAACAGCGGGCUCUCGAUAACUAUGAUUUACCCAGCAUUCCUAGCUCUAUCUACCAGAUCCCCCGCACGUUUGAUAAGAACCACAAUGCCCUGAUGCCAUCCAGUUCUGACUCCACAAAUGCGCCUCCUCCCAGACCUCCCAAACCCAGCCAAGGCUCAGAGACACGGCGGGGCAGCCCGCUGACCGUGGGGGCUCAAAAUGGAGAGGUCUCCACGGUGUCCGUCAUCCCCAGGAGGAACACACUGCCGGCGGUGGAAAACGUCAGGCUUCACAGAGGAUCCUCUUUUGAGACCAGCAGUCAACAAAAGCCAGUCUAUUUCAACAAUUCUGGUCAGUCAGUGGAGUCUGUAAAUGACGGCUUCAGCUCAUACCUGAGAACUAAAGCCCCAUUGACCCGCUCCGAUAGUGCCAGCUCUGAGGAUAACUAUGUACCCAUGAAUCCCGGCUCGUCCUCCUCCCCUCUCAGUGCUGCCCUGGUUGACAGUCCUAAAAAUAAUUAUAUUCCCAUGAGCCCAGGUCCUCACCAUUUUGAUUUCCCAGGAUUUUCAGCAACGUUGCCAGCCAGGAAGGGCAGUACAGCAUCACUAUGUCUCCGACCCGGCCGACUCAGUGACGUCACACCGCCACCAAUUAAUCGCAACCUUAAACCCAACCGGACAGCAAAACCAACACCUCUUGACUUAAGGAACAAUGGCAUCAUUGAUGAACUUCCCUUCAAGAGCCCCAUCACCAUGUCUUGGAUCAGACCCAUGCCUGUGAACUCCAUCUCAUCACAGCCCUGUCGGCCCAUUUCGACCCAGAGCAUCACAAGUACUGAUUCUGCAGACAGUGAGGAGAAUUAUGUGGCAAUGCAAAACCCUGUGUCUACCUCCCCAGCGAUGAGUGGCACCAGCAGUCCUGCACCCAGGAAUUGUGGUAAUGUGGACUAUUUGGCCCUGGACUUUCAGCCUGGCUCCCCUGGUCCACACAGAAAGCCGUCCACCUCUUCAGUGACCUCAGAUGAAAAAGUGGACUACGUCCAAGUGGACAAAGAGAAGACUCAGGCCCUUCAGAACACCAUGCAGGAGUGGACAGAUGUGCGACAGUCAAGCGAGCCAACUAAAGGCAUCAAGUCCUGAUGAUUUUCAAAUGUGCACACUGAAUGUGUCACUCGAUACAACGUGAUACAAACUGAUUUACCUGUGACAAAAUAGCGAAUGAUACACCAAACAAAAGCCAUAGAUCCAGUUCGUUUGGUCUUUUGAGGACAAAAAAACUCCACUGAACCUCCUAGACUGUCUUGCCAUGCAUGUUAGACAUGUUUAACUUUUCAAAGUGCAGUGCAACCAAACUUUAGCUACUUACUCUCUCUCUAAGUGUGAGCGAAGAACGAUAAGCAGUGAUAAUUUAAAUCUAGUUAUAGAUUAUGCAAUUUUUUUACAAUGUUAAAAUUCUUUCAUCACAUCUUAAAAUUCAAAGACAGCUAGAAAUCUAUUUGUUGUUUGAUUACCCCAGGAAAGUGUAAACACUGUGUCUCUAUCAAAACAAUGCUCUGUUUGUUUGAGCAUCCUGACCAGCCUGACAUAGUAACACUGACUCAACCAAUGCCAUUUGUUUGGGGUGGAGCUGUCUGACCAAUGGCAUACAGGGGGAGUGUUCAGGAAACCUGUUUGAAACUCAACAUUUUUAUUGUUUAGUGUUAUACAGUGUCUACAGUGUUACAAGGGGCAGAACUUCAAACAGAAGUCAUGGUGGUCUGGCUGCCAGAUUGAACUUGCCUGUUAAUUCAGCAGAAGAGAGAAGGUUACUUUUUUCAAUUUCUUUGAGUCAGGAAAAACGUAGAAAAGGUUUGAAAGAGAGAUCCUUGAAGCUUUUACAUUAAAAAAAUCAGGUGUUUUCACACAUGGCCUGAGAGUUCAUAUGAAUGUCAGCUUAUAUGUGACCCUGGACCACAAAACCUGUCUUAAGUGGCUGGGGUAUAUUUUUGUAUGGGACCGCUCACGGGGACCUGAGAGAACCUGGGGGUAGGACAGACGAGGCGAGAGAGAAGGAGAUGGAAGGAGGAGCGACAGAGACGAGAGAGGGGAGAAAAAAAAAUUCAGGUUCCCAGACGCACUGCUGCUUGGCCCUCCACCGGCUGGGUGAUCUCCUCUGCGGUGCCUGGCGCUGGCACUGGACGGCCCUCGGCGGACGGCACAACACUCCUCCGCCGCCCGGUGGACGGCGACGGCUCCUCUGGUUUUGGGCAGCCGGCAGGAGUUCCCUGUUCCCUGCUCCUCCCCGUUCCGGGGAUAGCAGCAGGCCCCAGCCCCCUGGCGAACAGCGCCGACUCCUCCGCUCCCUCACGGAUGGCAACCGCCCCUCCACAUCACGGGCGGCCGGCAGCGAGCUCGCCCAUCCCCGGCAACUCGCUCCAGCCCACCGCCUCGAGCGUCCAUGGCGGCACACUCCUCGCCAGCUCGAUGGCACCGCGGAUUCACCACAGCGGCGAGGGAUCUUCAGCAGCAUGUCCCUCCUUCUCCCGGGUUUCGGCACCACUGUGCUAAUAUUAACUCCAUAAUCAUCGGGAAGAAGGAGGCGGGAACCGGCGGACAAUCAAACAAAGACUUUCAUUACAAAAAUAAACACAAAACAGCGCAUCAGCCCCUCACGGACGACUGAUGCGCGCAAAUAAAAAGCAAAACCUAAAAAGCCCAGGCCUGCUCCUCUCUCGUCCUUCACUGUCGUCGCUCCAGUUUUAUAUCCUUCCAUCUCCUCCGUGGGCCUUGAGACCGGUGGGUCGAACAGGUGUAGUUCAUCUCCAAUCACUCCAGCGGCCUCGCUCCUCCCACGUCCCUCGGCCCCCGCCCCACUCGUCACAUUUAGCAAAAGUGGCUCUUUUUCAUACAUUAGAUGGUAACACUUUAGAAUAAGGUUCCAUUAGUUAAUGUUAGUUAACUACCUUCGUUAACAUGAACUAAGCAAGAACAAUCCUUCUACAGCAUUUAUAAGUCUUAGUUCAUGUUAAUUUCAACAUUUACUAAUGCAUUAUUUAAAUCAAAAGUUGUGCUUGUUAACAUUAGUUAAUGCACUGUGAAUUACCAUGAACUAACAAUGAAUAACUGUAUUUUCAUUAACUAACAUUAACGAAGAUGAAUAAAUACAGUAAUAAAUGUAUUAUUCAUUGUUUGUUCAUGUUAAUUAAUACAUUAACUAACAUUAACUAAUGGAACCUUAUUCUAAAGUGUUACCCAUUAGAUGUUUUCUUUUUUAAAGAAGGUUGGAUAUUCUGCAGUAUAAGAUCUUUGUUGUUCUACAUAGGGGUGUCACAAUAUACUAGUUUUAAUAAAAAUUAAAUGUGCAUGUUACUACAUUGCACCUUUAGUUCAAACAGAAUGUGUCUUCACAUUUAAAAAAUAAGACACCAGUGUCAGGAAUGGUUUUAAAAACAGCACAGUGCAGAAUAGUAAUGAAAGUGCAGGACGAUAAUUGUAACAAUAACAGUAAAUGUGAAUAAUGAGAAACGAUGCGAAUCAAAGUCUACUCCACAACUGUAAUGAUAACGGCACUGAAAAACAAUAUGGUUGGAAUAACUUUCAAAAUGUUUUUUUUCCAGGUAUAUGAACUAUAAAAACAUUGACAGCAAGUCAAAUCCACCCAACUUUAAGGAUUGUGAGUAUUUAAAGUGGCACAUGGCAUUAUUGGAGCAUGCACUAAUUAAAAUAACGUCAUUGUGCAUUAGUCAUAAUGGUUUUCUUUACUGUUAUCAUUCUUUGUGUGAAGGGGCUUUCAGUUUCACAUAGGAAAAAGUCCUACAGAUGAAAGUUAAGGAUGACAAUGUUUUUUAUAAAAAAAAAAUUCCUUAAAGGCUCCAGAAUGUUACCGGAUCCCCCCUAAACUAAGUACUUUUAAAUAUGGCAACGUGUUCUAACUAACAGACCUUCUCCUUUUAGCUUGACAGAGAUGCACUUCAAAGUAUCCAGUGGGCAGUCCUUUACUUUGCAUGCAGUCUGAAUAGGGAUAAGGUGACUCCUUUUCCCCAAACACAUUGCUUCCCUGGCUGGCAUUACAGAGUAGCAACAAAAAUAACUAUAAAUCAUCUAUUCAUAUACUAAUAAAAACAUACUGUUUGUUAAUGCCCUUAAUGUGGUUUUGCCAGAGGGAAUGUAUAGAUGGUUAAAAUCAAUCACAUUUAUCAGCAUUUUAAAUGUUAUACUUUGCUCUCAGAGAAGUUUGACAGAAGGGGGACAGAAAUGACACACUGCACUGUUAAACUGUGAUGUACUUCUUUUUUUCACGGUAAACAAUGGUUCAGCUGUGGAGAGUUUUAUUAAAACACUGUUUUGUUGGACAACAUUUAAGGUAAAGGAAAUAUGAUAAAAAUGUAAUUCUAUUUAAAUAUGUGCUUGGUAAAGUUUAGGGGUAAAAAGGCGCCAUAUUCAUUUUGUAAUCAAAAUAGCCCAUUAUUAAUUUUUAAUAAAGGAGGCUGUAGAAUUUGGAAAUUUCACUCAGUAUUUCAUGGCGGGCUGGGACCUCCAAGUACUCCAUUUCUAGCAGUAGCAAAGUUAUUUUAUUUGCCUUUGAACUCAUCAUUUCAUAUUCCAAAACCAUUUUGUAUUAAGUUAGUUUAAACUUUACAUAUGAAGUUGUACAUAGUCUGGACUUGUUAAAUAAAAUUGCGUAGAUUGUCUUGUUAGAUCCAAAUCCUUUCAUGUGUUCAGUGGAUUAUUUAAAACUGUGCUUUACAAGACUGCCAUUAUUUUAUGAUGUUUAACUCUGUGGGACAUUUAGUGGCACUGGCAUUGGCCUUACCGGUUCAUUAAUGUUUCAGUGAACUUCGGGCUAAAAUUGGUUUCUUGAUGUCUUUUUCUAUUCUGAAAAUAUAUGUAUGUAUUGUUAUGGGGAGAGUACUAGUAAAUGAAUAUAAUACUUGUGUGUGAGCUGUAGUAGAAUUUAUGCUGUAGUUUGUUGAAGGGGUCAAAGCGUGGCAGACGAGAAAAACUACUUUGACAAAUGUCAUUAAUCGAGUGGAUUUUUCUGGAAAGCGUUUCUGUUCAACUCUUGGUCGCUUGUGGAUUAAUUUAUUAAUUUAUUAUGUGUUUUGCAGGAGGACGAAAGAUGUACAUAGAAUGAACUUGUGGCUCUACUAACAUUAAUUUAUGUUAUGUGUGCUGAUUUUGUGAAGCAAUAUGCCAAACAAAGCCAGUAAAAUGGUCAAAUGUGGUACAUUUGA